AAGAAAAAAAAAACAAUAAAGAAAACAAAAAAAGUUGAAGGGGGAAAAAGAUGAAGUAAAUGCAGAAUGGAUGAUUGGCACCCACUGAUUUCCCCAAAGAUAUUUAUUCCCUUUUGUUGUAAAAAUUAGGGUUCUCCCUUUUCUGCGUAUGACUUAAAAACACUUGUUUCUCUGGGGCAAUUUGAGGAAGAAGAUGAUUAUGAGUUGGAGGAGAGUUUUGAAGUCAGCUCAGGCUUUGGCAGCGCAUACCCUGCUUUUCUGCUUCACGCUCCUCCUCCUCCUUAAGCUGGAUCAUGUCGUUUCUUACUCUUGGUGGACAAUAUUUUUCCCACUUUGGAUGUUUCAUGGAGUUGUUGCACGAGGAAGGUUUUCCUUACCUGCCCCGUCAGUUCCACAUAAUCGUCAAUGGGCACCAUGUCAUGCCAUUGUUGCGACACCACUACUAAUUGCUUUUGAGCUGCUUCUCUGUAUAUAUCUUGAGAGUGUAGAUGUUUAUGGUUUUGCUGCUGUAAACUUGAAGGUCGUCUUCCUUCCACUAUUGGCGUUUGAAAUAAUUAUUCUAGUUGACAAUUUCAGAAUGUGUAGAGCUCUAAUGCCCGGAGAUGAUGAAAGCAUUAGUGAUGAAGCAGUAUGGGAGACUCUACCUCACUUCUGGGUUGCAAUUUCAAUGGUCUUUUUUGUUGCUGCUACUGUAUUCACCCUUCUGAAGUUAUGCGGUGAUGUAGGUUCUCUUGGCUGGUGGGACUUGUUCAUAAAUUUUUGUAUUGCUGAGUGCUUUUCUUUUCUUGUGUGUACAAAGUGGUCUAAUCCCGAAAUUCAUAGAAAUUCCCCAGCAAUAGAAGCUGGUCCAUCUACUGCAACUAUCAGAUAUCUUGACUGGAACAGUGGCUUUGUAGUUGCUCCUGAGGAAGACCAGCAGCAGGAUACUCUGUGUGGCCUGCAAGAGUUUGGUGGUCACCUCAUGAAAAUUCCAAUAAUUGGUUUCCAAGUUCUUCUCUGCAUGCAUUUAGAGGGAACACCUUCUGGUGCUAGAGAUAUACCACUUCCAGUUUUGUUCUCUCCUCUUUUCCUAUUGCAAGGGCUUGGUGUGCUCUUUAGCGCUUCAAUGUUAAUAGAGAAAAUUGUCCUUUUACUACGGAGUGGGGCUGGCACAGGAUUGUACUUCAGAUUUUCAUCCAGAGCCCAUGAUUGCAUGGGAUUCUUUCACCAUGGUUCUAGGUUAUUAGGUUGGUGGUCAAUUGAUGAAGGAAGUAGAGAGGAACAAGCUCGACUUUAUCAUGAUGGGCCGUCUGGGUAUAACACCUUCUCUGGUUAUCCACCUGAGAUAGUUAAGAAAAUGCCUAAAAAGGAUCUAGCUGAGGAGGUUUGGAGACUUCAGGCAGCUCUCGGCGAGCAAUCAGAAAUCACCAAAUACAGUCAGCAAGAGUUUGAGAGACUUCAAAAUGAGAAAGUGUUAUGUAGGGUUUGCUUCGAGAGAGAGAUCAGCGUGGUUUUGCUCCCUUGUAGGCAUCGUAUUCUUUGCAGUACCUGCUGCGAGAAGUGUAGAAAAUGCCCUAUCUGUCGUGUCACCAUCGAGGAACGCUUACCUGUAUAUGAUGUUUAAUUUCUAACUUGGCAAGUUCUCCGUAGAAAUGAGGUGCAAAGCAAACCUCAAGUAACUUGACAGGUCGGAUGUUUUUUAUGAAGUUUUCACAUUAGAGAGUGCUGCUGCUUUGAAUCGACAUUAGCUAGUACAACGAUAUAGAAUACACAUGUAUAACUACAAAAAAAGAAAAGAAAAAGAACUCCUAUAUGUUAUAAUUAUCAUAGGAAAUGUAAAAUAUAGUUUCUUGAUAGGAAUGGUUUUCUGAAAUGGGAUUGUAAGGUUUUGAUAGCUUGUUAACUCAUAAAGUAGUGCAGAAUGAUACGUUUCGGUC